AAUGCCGUGUGUACGCAUGACCGCCAUGACAGCUGAUGCUCGUCGCAGUACUUGACGUUUGAUCAGAACAUGUUAUUUUGCAGAUUUCUUUCCCACAAAUGGCAGACUCUUUUUUCGGUUUUGAUACUACGCUUGGAGAUAGCGGUUUAGAGGACGGGUUGGAUUGUCCACUGGAAGAAGACGAUUUAGGUGAAGAAGAAGAAUAUGAUGCCUUGAAUGAUGAAACAUUCGGUCCCGAUGCUACAAUUGGCGAUUGGGAGAAGGAUCAUGAAAAACUCGCCGAAAUUACCGAAUCAAGUCGUCCGCAUAAUCAGAGUACGACAAGUAAGAAGAAUGGCGUUAACAUAGAUAUUCGGGAUAAUUUGUCGCAUUUGGUAUUGGAUGACAAAGUAGGAAUAGUUCCACGUCCCGGCGUAUGGAGUAGCCCUUCUGACCUAUCUCUUCCCAAAGCUCGUCCCCGUUUAUCUCUGCCAACUAACUUAAAAAAUGCCUGUACAGUGGAAGAGUUGGAAAGAGGGCUCAUUGCAAAUAGGCCGCCACCAGGUCUCAGUAAACCACAAACGCAACAACAGCAGAAGAAGCCUGAGGGUUCGCUUCUCUUUGAGGCUUUGUCUUUGAAUGAGAAACUUCAAAUUAAUGGCCUACCUCCACCGCUACGCUUUCCACCGGGAUUGGGCAUACCCGGAGCGCAUCCCAUGGUUUUACCUAACGUGAGACCACCUCCGCAAUUUAUACCACCUCCUAGAUUACUACUUAAUCAACCUGGAAAUAUGUUACGUUAUCCUGUACCGCAUUUAAUGUUGCCACACACAGUACAAAGGCAAACUCUUCACGGCUCCUAUGGAUUUCCUCAACCGCCACAUCCCAACUUAGGAGGUCCACAGUUCCUUCGGCCAGAUCACAUGAUGCCUCCAUUUUCUAAUAAUCAAACCAACCAUCAACAACAUCAACAUUCUUACUCACAUUCAAGCAAUCAGAGAAACCAGAAUAGACCUUAUCACCAUAACGAGCAACAAGGCGGACAUCAACCGUUUUUUAAAAAUAAUCAGUAUCUUCAUCGCAGUCAUGACAGAAGUAAUCAAAGACAUUAUCAUAAUCAACAUUACCCUCCGAGCAUUAAUGGUAUGAAUGCUUCAGGAGAGUAUGAUGAAUAUGCAGGUCUUAUGAGUAGUCGUGAAAAGCAAUGGUUAAUUAAUAUUCAACUGUUACAAUUGAAUACAAUUCAACCGUAUAUCGAUGACUAUUAUUAUACUGUGUUCUGUGAUAGACAGAAUAAACAACAUGCAAAUCAAGAACAAAAAGAUAGGAAGCACCAUAACAACAACGGAUAUCACAGAGAUCACAGAGAUUGGGAGGCAAACCCACCUCAGACCAUUUCAAGAUCAACAUACACGCCAGCUCAAUUUGAAAAUUCAUUGGGCAAACUUCAUUUUAGUAGUGUAACUGCACCACGUAAAAUUAUCGAUAUGGAUGUUGUACCAAAUAGCGACUCGCAGUCUACUCCCCAAUCGCAGCAGAAAGAUACUAAAAAAACACGGCAACUGCUUCUUGAAAUUGAGAGGCUGUACAUAGUACUAUUGAAACUUGAAGAUUUGAGCAAUCCUCUUGCUGUUAUCCCGGAACCGCAACAACAGCAAGAUGGGGAAGCUGAGACAAAUACAAAUAAAUCUGAACCGGAAUUAAUCGGCAUGAUGCUAUCGUCUCUACAACAAUUAGUACAAGAUGACAAAUUAGCUAGUAUGCUAAGUAUUCGAAAAGGAAAGACAUUAUUACUGCGUUUUUUACCUCAUUUGGAUGUAACAGAAUAUCAGGAGCAGUUAAGAGAAUUAUGGACUGCAAUAUUCAAAGGACUAGCUAUAAUAGGUCGUAGAGAUUGUCAUUUAUUAACAAACUUUUAUUCCGAAUAUCGAAGAUGGCUUAAUACUGUGAAAAGUUUUGAUACGAUACUCCGAUUAGCAAGAGCGCUAUCUGAUUCGGCUGUACAACCUGUCAAAAAUAACAGCUUAGCUUUUGCCCUUAUGAACAAGGAUUAUUCCUAUGGACGUUACGUGGAUCACAUGAUAUUGAACGAAAGGCAAACCAAACGAGUACUCGUAAAUUAA